CGCCGGGCAGGGAGGCUCCCCCGUGGGCCCCGUUCAGGAAUGCAUCUCCGCCCCGGGCCUCCCGCGCCCCCCUCUCCCCCCUCCGGAAGGGCCACUGCCCACGCGCGCCUGCACCCACGCCGGACAGACGGGCAGCGCCCUGUCCUUCCUGGGCUCCUUUCUCCUUCCCAUUAUGUGCCCCCCCUCCCGCGGCAGGAGGCUCCUCGGCGCCCCCGGGACAAAAGCUGGCCUACUCCACGCAUGCGCGCCGCUCUCCCCCGGGCCAGCCGCCAGCGGGGCGCGCAUCCCCCCCCCCUCGCUCGUUCGCUGGCCGAUGCGGUCGGCUGCCCAGCCGUCCCGUCCCCCGCCUCGCCGCUCUACCCGCCCUCCUCCUCGGGAGCGCAAGAGCCCCACGCGGGACCCUCCCCCGGGGAUCCCCAAACAGCAACACAGGCGGUGUGUUGUUGGGGGGGGGGGGGCUUGCUGCCCCUGCCCAGAGGACUCCGGCGGGGGGGGGCGGGAAAGGGGCCAGGGCUGCGCGCCCGUUGUCCCGGCCCGGCCCAGGAAGGGGGCGGGCAGGCAGGCGUUGGGCACCGCCCCUGGCCGCGGGUAGGUGGGGGGAGACGGAGACGCGGGCACCGCCUCCUCCUCCUCCCCCCCCCCCCACGCCAGCGCUGGCCCGGGAGAAGGGCUGGGGCGGAGGCCGCGCGGCUGGCGGUGGCCACUCUCCCGCGGAGCCGCGAGCGCGCCGGCCCACAAGCGCGCCCCCCGCCCCCCACCUCGCCGGGCGGCGCCCCUCGCCCCCGCGUCUCGCCCGCCUGCUCGCGCUCCGGAGGCGCAGAUGCGGCGCUGCGGAGGGCCGCCCCGUCGGAGCCGCAGCGGCUGGCCGGGCGCCUCGCCCCCCGCUGCCGCCGCUCGCCCCCCGCCGUCACCGCCGCUGCUCCCCCCGCUAUGAACCGCCUUCCGAACGACCCGGGAGAAAAGCCCGCCGGACGCCGCCCGGCCACGACGACGCCCCGGUUGGGCAAGGCCUCCUUCCUGCCCCCCUCUCCCUCGCCUGGCAUCAUGCAUUCCCUGGACGAACCUCUCGACCUGAAGCUCAGCAUCUCCAAGCUGCGGGCGACGAGGGAGAAAAGUGACAAGGGGCUGGGCAGCUGGGUUACAAGGGGCGCACGACCACGAAGUCUCCUGGGGUCUCCUGAGGAUGGCACCAUGCCAGUUCACAGUCCCGGCUCCCCCCCUGACACAGGUCUCUUGGCACACUCCAAAGGACGUGAGGACUUCUCCUCGCCCCCCACCAUUGACCUGAGCCUGUCUCCACCUUCAGGCCUGGACUCCCCCAGCGGCAGCACCUCCCUCUCCCCGGACAGACCCAGCAGCGGGGAGCUGGUGAGCUCCGCCACCCUCCGAGAGCUCCAGUCCCUGCGCUACAUCGAAGGCCUGCAGCGCUCCUUCCAGUUCUUCCUGCCCCUGAGCUCUGGGGGCAUGCUGCACCUGCCUGCCUCGGCUUUCCUGGGCCCCCCCAAGGAGAAGCGGCUCUCCCCAGACCUCCCCCUUCAGAAGCAGCUGGUGUGCCGGUGGGCCAAGUGUAACCAGCUCUUUGAUCUGCUGCAAGACCUUGUGGACCACGUCAACGACUUCCACGUCAAGCCCGAGAAGGACACCGGCUACUGCUGCCACUGGGAGGGAUGUGCGCGCCACGGCCGGGGUUUCAAUGCCAGGUACAAGAUGCUGAUCCACAUUCGCACCCACACCAACGAGAAGCCGCAUCGCUGCCCCACCUGCAACAAAAGCUUCUCCCGGCUGGAAAACCUCAAGAUCCACAACCGCUCCCACACAGGCGAGAAGCCCUACGUCUGCCCCUACGAGGGCUGCAACAAACGCUACUCCAACUCGAGUGACCGCUUCAAGCACACGCGCACCCACUACGUGGACAAGCCCUACUUCUGCAAGAUGCCCGGCUGCCAUAAGCGCUACACCGACCCCAGCUCCUUGCGCAAGCACAUCAAGGCGCAUGGCCACUUCAUCUCCCAGGAGCAGCAGGAGUUGCUGAAGCUGCAGCCGCCUGCCAAGGCCCACCCCGCCGGUGCCACAGACUUGCCCUUCAUCAGCGGGGCGCAGCUGGUCAUCCCCAACCCUGCCGCCCUUUUUGGGGGCCACAGCCUGCCUCUGCCCCUGCCGCCUGCCCCACUGGACCUCAGCACCUUCACCUGCGGUGGGAUUGGAGCUGCCGCGCUGCCAGGCCUGCCCGGGCCCAUGAUGGCGCCCCUGAACUUGGCCAAGAACCCCCUGCUCUCCUCCACCUUCACCGCCAGUGGCCUGGGACUGCCCAUCGUGUCUCUGCUUGCCGGGGCUUCUGCCAAAGCUGGGGCCGAGAGGGGUCACCUGGGCUGCGGCCCCAGGCCAGGUAGAGGCAGCUGCCCGCAGGGCCCCCAGAGCUGCAAGGAGGCCAACGAGCGGGCUGAGCUGGCCAGGCGUCGGUCCCCCCCAGAGGGCCUCUCGCUGCUUCCAGGGGCCGUCUUGGACCUGACAACGGGCGUGAACUCGGGGGGAAGCACCGACACCCUGCCUCCGGGCUGGGUGGUCAUCCCGACGGGCUCCGUUUUGCCGAAGCAAGCCGUGGUGAACUGAUGGGGGCCGGAGGGACUUUGGGGCUUCCCUGGGAGAACUGCAGCGGGGGGGAGGGGUUGCUGUUGCCUCACUUGAGAGGCCACAUUCUGACUCACAACGGUGGAAGAAAGGGACCAUGGCUGUGCCUUGAAGCCUCCAAAAAAAGGCCCAUAAGGUCCGUUUGGCUCCCCCUUGCCUCGUGUCACGCCCAGACCAUUGCUACCCCCUCCCUCUCCCCCCCCCAGCACUUUCCGCAGGACCACCCCUGGGUUUCUGGCUCUUCUGAGAAAAGCAAUAAGGCUGCGGCCAGGAGACCCGGCCACCCUCCCACCCCACCCCAAGCUAGGAACCGUGCAGAGGAUGGUUGGCCCUGGGGGGCGGCUGCUCCCCCCAACUCCUUCCCAGCGCACAGUUCUGCAUACUUUUUGCUUCACCUUGGUCAUUUGUUGCGGGGAGGGGAGUUAAGCCACCUCUCGCUAUGUUCAUACAUCUGGACAGAAAAAAGGCAAGCCCGCGAUUCAGCCCCUCCCCCCUUCCCUGAUCACACCUCCCCAUUAGCUUGGGGGGCAAACCCUGUCAGGAGCCCAGCCCCUCCCUUCAGCCAGAGAAUGAGCGUGUGUUGACGGAGGGGGGGGAGGUGCCAAUUUGCUGCCCAGACACAGAACCACUUUGGAUCCGAGUUGCUGUCUUCCAGCCGCCCCCCGCCCCCGCUUGCAAGCAGCUCCCCAGCCUCUGCCCGACAAGGUGUGCCAAAGAGGCACGCUGCUCACCUGCCCCCCUUUCCCUGACGUGGAGGAACUGAAAUAUUCUCUUCCCCCGAGCGAGCUGCAUGGUGUUUUAUUCAAGCAGCCAAGCAAAAGGCAGCCAAGUGGGAGGGGGGAAGGUGUUCUUUGCUGAAGCAAUGGUAUGUUUGUACCCUCCCUGCAAUGAGGAAUGUCCCUUUCUUCUAGACAGAAAGGGUUGGAGGGCACGCACACCUCCACCCCGAGGAAAGAGACCCUGCCCAAGAGCCAGUGAGCGUGGUUGCUCUCUUGUGCCACCUGAGAACAUGCUCUGGCACUCAGUUAGCAUUUGUGGGCCUGCCCCACAGGGCUCCACAGUGGGUCAGGAGACAGCAUAGACUUGUGGCGCUUGAAAGCCACCAAGUGCUGUGCCCUUUGGCUCAAGAACGCACGGCAAGACCUCAAGGGAGUCCUGGUGGGCACACUGGGUGGGCCUGUCUUUGUGAACCUUUCCAGUUGGCAAAGGUGGUCCCUGCGUGAUAGUGGAGACAGCAAGCGGCUCUCCAGCUCCCUCGUCUGCUGGCUGCUUUGUGCCCCACCCUCAGUCUUCUACUUGGCCAUGCUGUGCUGGAGGAGCCCUUGUAUCUGUUGACUGCCCCCCGGUUUUGGUGGGGUCACUCCACAUCUCAGUCCCCGAACAAGGGGGUCCCUGCUCUCCAUGUCCUUCUUGCAGCGGGACUCCUGCUACGGGAUUCUCUUUGCUCUCUGCUGCAGCCGCCGCCUGGAGCACCGCCCCCGGAGCCAAACACCUGCCACAAAACGCCCGGGUGCUGUGAGGCAGGUGCCACGCCCAGGCGGGGGAGCUGGCCUCCCGACUGUGAGGGUCCCCCUGUGGAUCCGGUGAGAGAGCAGCACUCUGAUGGGUCCCGAGCGUUUCAUUUUGUUGACCGACCAGCCGGCCUGCCGGCUGGUGGACAUUUCCGUUUUGUCUGCUGCCCGUCCUUCCCUAUCCAUCAGUAUUUUAACACUUCCUAAGUGCCUUUUGAUUGUAGCCUGUUGUUUUCUGCUCUCUCCUUUUCCGUCCCUCAUUGUUAGCAUAGUUUCAAACUGAAAGAGAUAAGCUAUGACCUCACCCUCCUCAGAGAGGAUGUUUAUCAAGGAAACAAUAAAGUGAAUCUGAACAUUU